UCUUUGGCUCGAGCCGCAUACUCGGGUGUCCACGCUGUAGAUGGAGCAUGGCGGACGAGCAGGGUGCACCGCCUGAGGGACGGCGCCCGGCCAUUUCGCUUGUUGCCGGUUUCCUGCGCGUGGUCAUGAGCAGAUCAGCCUUGUGCUUUCUUCUGCAUUUGCUCCAGUCUGGAUGGGCUUGGGAUGGAGUGGAUACGGGCAGGAUGACACCACUUCAGAAAGCAUUUCCCACCUAAGCCCCAUGAACACAUGCAAUGGGGACGUAGAUGCACAGUAUUUCCCACAUCCAGAUUGGGACGCUUGGGGAGACACCUAUCACUUCAUAGUGCUUGCGAGCACAAUCACUUCACUUUUAGUGGCUGUAUGUGCUGCUUUUGGUCUGAAGUACGUGCCCACCGUGUCUGCUUUUGUCAUCCAUGCCCGAUAUUGGCUUUUGUUGAAGUGGGUAUUGGCUGUAAUGUGGAAUUUUGAGAGGGUUUAUCAGUGGUGUGAUGCGACAUAUCCGAAUCGGAAUCGUGUGGGCGUCUUCUGCCACCUAUCUCAGCUUCUUGCUGCGAAUGAGGUUUCUGGCUCUGCAGCGUGCACAGGGUGAGAAGGGCCACCUGAAACGGAUGUCCGUCGUCAUUGCAUUUCAGUGUGUUGUUUUGCUCGGUGUCAGUGCCUGCGUUGUUUUUCGGCUCACGACGGCUGUGGCGCAGGAUUGGUUUUGCACGUUGCCCCAGACCCUGCUGUCGAUAAUCUUGUCACUCACAGUGGGCGGUCUUGCGAUGGCAGCUCAUGCUCUUAGGAAUUCACUCCUUGUUGCCCAAAACGUUGCGCAGCAGACCGUUGCACGCCGUGGGGGGGAGGUUCAGCGGAGCUAUCGCACUGUGCGGCGGUAGCUGAUGGCGACACUGUUGUGUGGCGUCACAGCUGUGUUGGCAUUGGGUAUUGAGUUUGCGUCGCACGUGCUGUUCGUGUAUCACUGAGACGAGCAUGCCUACAUAUAUGAGAUCCUCAAGACAUUCUUCAAUAUAUUCGACCUGGUUGUGAAUGCCGCUAUCGUAUUGCUGCUGUCGGGUUGGUACGCGUCCGUCCGAUUUCGCGGGUUACUGGUGAGUGCACUGCGAAUUGUGCCAAGUUUUUAACCGAUACAUCAGGAAGUAUACAAUGGGAGGAUAACGUAAAAGAGCUAUCGGAGUGGGGCUGCAUUAUAGGGGCAUUCCUAGGCUUUUACGCUGGACUCGGACAGCACUACAUGCCUCGCUUCAACCCAGAUGUGCAUUCCACAGCUGACGUCGUCCGGCAGGCCAUCACUCCACUCACGGCCAACAAUUCAGAGUUUGGGCCGUGCGCAUUGUCUACGCAGUUUAUGGGUGGGACCUCUAUCCCAGCGCAGUGCAUGGUACACAUUCGUGGUCAAAUAAGUUUAUAGAUCUGAUUGCUGCCAUUGUGGCGGAUGCUCUUGGCCGCAGCACAUAUGAGGCGGUGUUGCCCAGAUUGAAGCCGGCCGAAUGGCCAGUGCUCAUGAAGGAUUUGCACCAGAAGGGUUUUCUGGGGAUUUCGUAUUGGGUCUGUGCUGCUUGCGGCAAUCAGCAUGCAGGAAUUUGUAGCGCGAACCCCGGGCAGCAACAGGAUCCAGUCAGCUGCAGAGUACAUCCUGUCUGCAGUUGCGGCCACCAGAAAUUCCGGAACAUCACACCACCAUUGCGCUUCGACGGGGAGGGGACUUUGUGUGAUAUGAACAAGUUUGAUGACAUGAUGCUCUACCUCAGCAAGGUGUGUAAGCAAGGCUCAUGUGGCUCAUUUCUCAUACAUAACUGUCAAAUGCCAUGCCGACAACAGCCUCAAGCUGCACAAAAGCGCGUUGAUGAGUCUGCGCGUGUAGACAUGGAGUCCUCCAGGCCAGAGGAUACGGCCAUGAUCCUCGGAAGGAUUGAUAACCUGGAUGACUUCAACGAAACCCUGAGGUGGAUCGUUCUGGACGAGGACACUGGCAUCUUCGCAAACUGCCAGGGCAGCCUGCAGUCCUCAGACACACCUCGGCCAGAUCGUGAGGAAAACAAGCUCUUCCAACAGCUCCUCGUCCUCUACCGUAGCCUCUGCCCCGUCCUCGCUCUUUGCGUGCACGGGUCGCACUCCCUCGCUCCGAGUCUGAUGCAAGUGCGCGAUGCAGUUCUCUUGGAUGCGUCUUGGUUGAACCAGGUCGUAGAUACGCGACGCCUCGGAUUUGUGCUAUGCCCAGCGAGGUAUGCUACACGCUGGGACUGGGUGUCCGCGUAAGCCAGCAGCAACUGUAAGGUGAUCGGCCGCCGACGUGCGGCGCAGCCGUGCUUCCGGUUGGAAAAUAUUAUGGAACAUAUUCAGUAUUCUUUCAACGCCGUAAAGUUCGGAAUAGUUUGUAUUUUGCUGGGCAUGUAUUCGAGGGGGGAGGGAUAGACGCUGGGGACUUUGGAGCUAGGAGGAGUGGUGCUGCUGGAGCGUCUGCUGCAUCCCACUCGCCCCUCCCCCCCACAACUCUCUCUAUCAUGCAGUCCGCCAUCGUCGCGCGGCGGUUUCGUGGGGCCUGGGGGCACAGAUGCUGCCGCCGGUUGCCCCCUCUCCCCAGUCCUACCCCUCGUCGUCGUCGUCGUCCUCCUCCUCUCUGCCAUGCUCUGACCCCGUGGGCUCCACAGGCCUGGCGGGGGUUCGGAGUUUUGUGUCGGUGGUUUCGCUGGCCUCUGACAGGAUGUGCAUGUUGUGCCGAGCUCUGGCCGGUUUGAGGACGUCUUCGUCCGCUCGCAUCUGUGGGGCACGUAUAGAGCCGCUCGGCUGAGAUAGAUUGGGCCGCGAAGCCCAUUCAUUUCUCCUCCUCCUCCUCAUCCUCCUCCUCCUCCUCCCUGGCUUCACAAGUCCGUAUGGCGCCUCCCUGUCCGUCUCCGCCCUCCGUCUUCCUGUCCCCUCUCCCAAGGAGGUCCGAUCUAGUUAUGAAUCUAUUUUCAUUCGAACCGAAGUUUCAGCCUCUGCUGGCCUCAAGCACCACCAGAGUGCAUUUGUGGGGUAACAUGCCCGUGAAUGUUUCAAACGAUCCUUCCGCCUUCUCUUUCGCAAGUGUCAGCCUUUGCUGGCCUCACGCGCGACUAGAGUGUAUGUUGGGGUAGCAUGCCCGCGAAUGUGAA